UAAAUAUUCAACAGACAGGGGCUUACUGCUGACCAACUGUUAUAGAUGGAUGCAACAAUAACACUUCAAAUACGUGAAUUUUAAAAAGACGUAAUACAUUUUGAAAAUAAAGUAUAGGGGGUCUCAAAGGCGCCCACAAUCUUUGUGUUUUAUUUACAUCCGCACAAAGCAGCCUUCACAAUACAGAGACAUUUGAAACAUUAUGCAAAUAACGUGGAGUCCACAGCACCUGUGGCAUAGGUUUUAGAAAAUGGACACACACGCACACGCACAUGCACGCGCCCACACACGGCGCACCCCCGCAGCCAGCCCACUCUUUGAUGAGGAUGCAAAGGGUCCGAACUUUGCGGGGAUAAGCGUUGAUCAAUGCUCGCGAAUGGAUUAUCGACGGGGCGGUAAGUGCAAAGCGGGCCAUGCCUUCCUGGCAUGAAUUAACAUUUCAACCAUUCCCGUAAAAGCGUCGGGAAUGCAGAGAGACGCCACAGCGGCGCGAACCGCCGCCGAACCGGCCGAUGAGAAGGACCGGCUGACGAUGGCCGACGCCGACCGGGGUGCUCCCGGACCAGACGGAGGAUGAGGUCGGCUGCCAGCGGAGAGGGAUUGAGAGCGGCAGCAGAGGUGGAAUAUAAUGAAGUUGAGUGGGAAAGGACUCUGCGCCGUCCUGUCCAGCACCCUCCUCUUCGCGUGCGCCCUCUGCGAAUUUGUGCUCGGAUUAAGAUGCGUCUCGCUGGGCUCCAGAGUCAGGGAACACUUUCACCUCGGCGCUGCAGCCGGAGCCUUCUACUCCGGGCUGCUCCUCGGGAGCGGCCAGGUCCUCCUGGGCGCCGCGCUGCUCUGUUGCACGGGGAAGCCGCGCGGCCGGAAUUUGGUCCUCUUCGGGGUUGUGAUCUUCCUUCUGGGGGUCCUCACAGCCUUCUCCGGAGCCGUGGUGGACGGGGACACCGCUUCCCUGGUAGAGAGGAAGUAUUCCCACUACUGUGUCCUUUCGGGCCAGGUGAGCCGCGCCUGCGAGGAGCUGAGGGAGUACCAGAGAAGUUUGGUCAUCUCCUCGGUGCUCAGCACGCUCGAGUGCCUCCUGGCUCUCGCCAACCUGGUGCUCAUCCAAAGGUACAAAGCGGCUCAGUUCUCCAGGAACAGGCAAGUUCAGAGGCACAGCUCCGGGCCCAUCAUCUUCAGCGAGGAGCGGGACUCAGCGGACUUUCAGCCUGUGUCUUAUAUCAAUUUAGCCGUUUUGAGCGUGUUGGACGAGAGCGGCGGCGCGGAAGUCCAGCGCGGAGGGCACCCUUCCAUCGAGCUGCCGGGAUACUCUCCCGCAGACCCGGAGCUCAACCACAGCUUCCCCUUCUCCUACCCGCUGCCCAGUGAAAUGCCGCCGGCUUAUGAGGACAUCUUCCCCGCAGAGGCACGCAACACAUAGCCGAGCCGCUGUGGAACAACCACCGGAGGGGACAUUUUCUUCCAGUUGCCUGCUACACUUUGCAUUCACAUCGCCGUCACACUAUUGACGAGCAACAGGCUAAAAUAAGGCAAUGCAGGCACAUUAAGACCAGCAGCUUGCACUUCAGUUUGUGUUGGAAUAUUUGCUGUUCAGAUUUAUAUUCGUGAAUAAAAAGUAUAUUUAACCUCAUAUCGUGCACACUGAACUUUCCAAAAACACAUUAUUGACAUUAUUAUUAGUUUUAAUUUGAGUUUUUAACAUGCAGCACUGUGGUCAAAUCAGCUGCUUUUUUCUUUUUGUUGUUGUUGCAGGAAUGUAGUAGGGAUGGAGAACUUUAAAUACUGGCAAAAGUACCCCUUUACAUGAAAGAACAAAAACUAAAAAUAAGUACAUUUUAUACGCAAAAAAUCAAUUAUGAUGUUGUUCAUCAGCUGGAACUGAGGCCUUUGUCAAAUUGGAUGGAAUUCUGAACAUUUCCAAUAACCCGAUAGCAUUACAACAGAAAAGUCAGGAGAAGUCUACUAGAACAUCUGAAUUUAUUGAUGGUGAAAGAAAGAAAGAAAGAAAGAAAGAAAGAAAGAAAGAAAGAAAGAAAGAAAGAAAGAAAGAAAGAAAGAAAGGUGUCAUUUUAACAGGGGUAUGUAGACUUCUUAUAAACCCGUCUAAAAGAACUAUGCUUUCAAAAGGCCUCAGACUGUUUUGUUGCUUUGACGAGGAAUUUCAAGAAGUAUUUAGUCAUAAGUCAUAACGCUCAUCCUUUUAUGCUCACUACAUGGCGAUCCGUCUGCCAGAUAAAUGAAAGAAAAAUCUCUUUUUCCCAAUGUUAAAAAAAAA